AUGGCCGUCAAGACGCUGCUGCUGGCGGCUGCGAUGGCCGCCGUCGCCUCCGCGCGCCAGGCGCGCGACAACAGCCCGCUCUUCACGACGGAGCAGUGCCAGGUGCGCACGCUCAACAGCGAGGGCCACGCCGCCAUGCUGAAGGACACGAGCGCCGUGUGGCUCGUGGACUACUACGCGCCGUGGUGCCCGCACUGCCGCCAGUUCGCGCCCGCGUGGGAGAAGGCCGCCGCCUUCUACGCCGACAAGGCCAACGUCAACAUCGCCGCCGUCGACUGCACGCAGAACAGCCAGGUGUGCAACAGCGAGGGCAUCCUGGGCUACCCGACCAUCAAGCUGUACCAUGUGCCCCCGGAGGGCAAAGAGCCCGCCAAGAUGCCCCCGCAGAGCCGCAAGAACACCAAUACGGUCAUUGCCUGGGUGGAGGAGCAGAUGGAGGCCCACGGCAUGAAGACCAGCGCCGAUGCGGGAGAUAUCGACGCGCACAUUGAGAAGAUCAACACGGACUGUGAGAUGGGCUCUACCACCAAGACGGCAGCGAAGGCGAAGACGGCGGAGCAGACGCUGGACGACCAGAGCUUGGUGAUGAAGUACAAGAGGCUGCAUGACGCAGGGAUUGCUGCCGUGUCGACGUUCGAGAACGGGUUUUAUGUCGGCACCACGGUGCUGGAAGGAGAGAGGUACGAUGCUGCGGUGACGUGGGUGGAGGCUCUGGCGGUGUCCUUCCCCAUCCAGGGCAACCGAGAGGCGCUGGAUUCGCUGGCGGUGGCGAUCAAGAAGCAGAUCAAGUGGCCCCAGAGCGAGUGGAACGCGAUGCUAACCGAGUGGAAGAAGAACGCCACGGCGACCAGCUUCCCCGCCAACUUGUUCGAGUCGAGCGAGAAGAAGAACUGGGCGUACUGCACCACGUACACGUGCGGCGUCUGGACGCUUUUCCACACGCUGAGUGUGAGUGAGAUCAAGUCGGAAGCGGCGUUGAAGCCCAGCGAGAUCAUGGCUGCGAUUCGGCUCUUUGUCAAGUACUUCUUCAGCUGUGAGGAGUGCCAGCGCCACUUCAUGAUGGCCAACCCGGAGAGUUUGCUCGAGAAGCUGGCGGAGAGCGACGCCGAGGGCCCGCGCGCUGUCGCAAGCUGGAUCUGGAAGAUGCACAACAAGGUCAACAAGGUACUCAAGUACAGCCAGUGGCCGACUCGGGAGAGCUGCCCCCAGUGCUACGUGGACGACGGCGAGCCGCUGGAUCUGAACCCUGCGCGGCUGCACGAGCAGGAGAUUCUGGCCUACUGGUGCGCAAUGGCCGCACGCCAAGCCGAGAAGAAGCUGCUAGUGGCGGCGGCGAAGAACGGCCUGGCCAUCCCGUGCGACUCGGACGCCACCGCCUUCCUGUUGGCGCACCCGCGUGGCGCCUACACGGCCGCGCGCACCGUGCAGCAGACCAAGAUCUUCGACUAUGAGGCGCAUAUCCGCCGUCUCGUGGAUUCGACUGUGGCCAUGCAGACGGACAAGCAGUUGGUGCCCAGUGCCGUGGAGAAGGAGCUGAGACCGAGGACGGAGGCCACUCUGCAGGCCGCUAUGACGGCGUUUAAAGCGCAGUUCGAGGUCCACAAGGACCAGGAGUACAAGAUCAACGUGCUGGUGUGUCCUUCUGAGGGGGACACUGCAGGACAGGGAGACGGACAGGUGCUGGCCGACACGGACGUGUUCUGUCACGUGGGGUUCCUCCCGCCGCUCCGCUCCGAGAUGGUCAAGCUGGAGGUGGCUGGACUGCCCCGUCAUAACGCGGCGGCAAAGGACUCGGCCUGGGUGAGGGAGCGCAAGGCCAUCUACGACAGGAUGGCGCCCGAUAUGGAGGAGGUGAUCCUCAUGGACCCGGCGACGAGGCAGCUGCUGGAAGGCUCGCAGACCAACUUCUAUGCGAUCCAGGACGGAGCGGUGUACACGGCGGAAGAUGGGAUUCUUAAGGGAACUGUCAGGUCGCUCGUGCUGGAGGUUUGUGCGGAGAACGGGAUCCCCGUGAAGCUCUCGCCCCCGACGCUGGAUGAUGUCGAGAAGUGGCAAGGGUGCUUCAUCUCGAGCACGUCGAGGUUGGUGCUCGGAGCGAAGUCGCUGGAAUAUGAGUACCCUGAGACCAAGAAAUUCAUGACGCGAACGUUCCCACCGCACCCGAUUCUGGAUCAAAUCACGACUUCUGUCCGCACCUCGGUGAUCGGCAAGAGCUCGGAGGUUUUCAAGUGA